AUGAACUGUUCGUUCGCUUCACAAGAGUCACCUUGUAGUUCUUACGGAUCUAGUACAAAUGUUCUGCCGCUGGAUGCUUGUAAAGAAGACAUAACACCACAGUUACUGGGACUUGGUGUGAGUAGCAAGCGAGGAUGGCGAUCCGAAGGACUAGAAAUCACUGAGAAGGAGCUCAUCUUGAACAGAGCAGGACACUUCGAUUUAUCUCAAGACAGAGUAGCAGCCAUGACCAUCUGUCCUAAACACAGAAGAGACCUGACAGUCGACUGGAGAGGUCGUAAAAGUUCGACAUGUUGCUAUCCAUUGCACGAAGGUCAACGCAAGCAGGUCAAGGACCCACGCCGUGUCAAUUACGCAACGUCCAAGGAAAUCUUUGCUUUACACAAUGCUGCUGUCCCAGUUGGGUCCGGUGAGUGUCUCUUAUUACUUUAAAAUCCUUUUGUCGAUCUUACCUGGUAAAUUACGUUUCCCAUAAAUAUCACGAAAGGCUCUAGGCUCUAGGCGUAUCGAGUAUGACUAUUGUAGUGAAAGCGCUGGCAUCAAGUUGCAAAUUUUAAGGCACCACUAUGGGCCUCUUCAUAUGAGCCCGGUUAACCGGGCUGACUCGGUUUCCGAGAUCUCGCCUCACCUCUAAAUCCUUUGUAAAAGUUUUCAAUGUGUUCAUAUGAGAGGGCGGGCUGGCUCGGUUCCCGAGAUCUCGGUAAGCGGGCUGGAAAUAUUGUCAUAUGAACACAUCAUCCCGGUUACCGGGAUGAACGGCGGGAUGAAUUCUGGCGGUCCGGAUGGCAUCAUCUUGCAUUGCCUGCUGUAUUUUCCACAUAAUAAGCAUCCCAUUUAACUGCAGUGAUACAGCUUUAAGAGUUACCGAUGCCAAGAUAGGCCCGAAAGUUAAAAUGUUUGUGUUUCGCUAUGUUGCUUUGUUUCCCAAAUUUGGCGCCAGAACUCGUACCCAGGAUCUUUGACCUUUUCUCAUCUCGGAAACCGGGCUGAAAUUUCUCAUAUGAACCCAAGGCAAAAUUCAUCCCGGCAACCGAGCCAGCCGGUCAACCGGGCUCAUAUGAAGAGGCCCUAUAUCAACAGAAGCGCGGGGGCUGGGGUAAAUUUCCUUGGAUGUGCCAUAAAUCAAACAAGGGUGAGCCAUCCUCGGAGACCCAGGGGCAGUCAGUCGGGUCGGGAGAAAAGGCGCGAAGAAAGUUUUCAAGCACAGACUGACUGCCCCUGGGUCUCCGAGGAUGGGGUGAGCAAGCAAGAUACUUUUAUUCAGAACGGAAGUUAGCCUGCGAGCGCAGGCGUAUUUCCGGUCGUCACUUCUCUCCCUCUGAAAAAUAACGGAGGGAGAAGCGACCACCGAAAUACGCCUGCGCUUCAACGAGGCUAAACGGAAGCCUUUUUGCCACAAAAGUCUUUUCAAGUGUUGUCGUGACAGAAGCUACAGCGUGACACGCCUACUUGAACAGGAACUAUAAACUACAACUGUAAACGUUUUUCAGAUUAUUUUAUAACAGGAAAAUUUUUUCAAAUAAAAAUAAUCAUUCAUCUCGCGCUAUUUUCUUAAAAUGUUUUAAGUGCUAGUACUUUUCCACUUUCACUGAUGACAAGAUUGAAACUCAAUGUCUAAAUUUUAGCUGUCCCACAAACUAUGUAUAAAAUUCGAUUUUUGGGGUUUGAAUUAAGAGUGACAUUUUUAAUCUUUAUCCAUUUCAUUUGUAUUAGCUAUUUGUGUAAAGUGUCGCACAGAGCAUUACAGACUACGCCAUGAAGAAGACUCUGAAAGAGGAAGGGGCGAUCAGCAGGUUGUGUAUUUGCUUUCUUUAGUCACGCAAUUUAAGCUAGGCAUCUGAAACACUUAACAACAGGUUUAAAUAUUUAAAAACCUAUCCAAGACUGUAAAAGAAAACAAAAGAAGAACAACAGAAAAAUCGUGAAAGAAACGUGGAUGGGAAACUCGGGGAGGGAAGGAAUUUGGAACAAAAUAUCAUUUGCUGGGAAGCUAGGAACUGAGAACGAAAAAAGCGAUAGAUAGCAUUGCCAAAGUUAAUGUCUCUUUUUUCAGUUUGAAAAUAGAUGGAGUUAGAUGGACUAGCUAUCCCCACCCUAACGUUUUUUAGCGACCUGCAAGCUUGAUGCAGUCCGACCAGUACCACUCUCGACGGCCACUUUUUGAGGGGGCGUUGUAGAGAGUGUCCUUAAUGGGGAGGGGAAGGGUGUAAAUGUGACACAAAGAUUUUUAUUUUGGAGAAAGGGAAAAACAUUUUUACUUUCAUAAAUGCUUGCUCUAACAUAUUAUUACGUAACAAAUCUAUCAAUUAAAAAAAUUAUUAAAACAAAAUUAUAACAAAAUAAAGCGACUAAGGUAUAGUGAGUACAUCAGUUUUGUAUAGAUCGCUUUCAGUUGAAACUUCUAUUUGUGUAGAUAUCAUGACUAGUAAACUACAAUAAAAAAGAGACGCGGCAAAUCGACGUUUGCUGUUUGCCCUGAUUCUAAAUCUCUAAUGUAAGGACGAGGGGUAGGCUCUAGUACCGGGAAAGGUUUGAAUGCAAUAGAGAGAAGUCGUUACGUCACGCCACGUUGCCAUGGUCGCAAAAAUUUUUGGAUGACAACAAAUUGAAAAUUCGGUUUCAGGUUUUAGUCUGUUUGCAACUUUUAGUGGUUUUUACUCGUGAAGGAGUCCUGUAACUCCCUUUUCUGUGGCUCCAUUCUCGGUAACAGCGUAACAGAAAAAUUAUGGAAAUGUAAUUAAUAUCCCUUUUAUUGCACUGACAGUCUCAAGUGGCUGGUGAUGAAGAUGUAUUUGAACUGCCGCAGCAGAAUGAAGAUCAGGGGGUUCUGGUAACGUCUAAUGCAGAACAAGAGAUGGUUUCAUCAUCAUCACAAUCAUCCCAACAAAGUAUCCCAGAAGAAGAAAUCAGUAUCUGGUCCGACGGGUAG